AUACCUGAGUUUUCUCCACGUCGAAGGAGGCGACCCGAAACCCAUCCUGUUGUGCGACGGCUGCCGCUGCAUCCACAUUCUCGCUCCACUACCCGGACGGUGACCAGUGCCGUGGAAGAGAGGCGCUUUUUUUGUGUGGUGGUGUGAUGGGAGGUGCGCUGGUGGAUCAAGAUUUGAUACAAGGAGAUGGAUAUCGCCAUCUCGGUGUCAAUGAGUGCGAUCCCUAGCCCCACAGAGUCCUCGAUUCCUGAAGAGUCGACGCCGGCUCUGGGUGCGCUGCUAUCUGCUGGUGCCGGUAUUACCGGAGGUUACACAGGUGAUUCCCUCAGCCUUAAGAUUAUCAUCGCGGUACUGCUUGGCCUAUCUCUCUACAAUGCUGUCGAGCUCAUCGUUCUGGUCCUGGUUACCUUCCAGCGGUAUAAAGGGCUAUACUUCUGGAGUCUCUUGAUCGCUGGGUUCGGAGUGCUGCCGUACACACUUGGCUUCAUCAUCAAGUUUUUCCAGCUGCUGGAUCCCAACGACGACCCUGGCUUUGUCGCUGUAGUGCUUCUUACAAUUGGGUGGUGGACCAUGAUAUCUGGCCAGUCGGUGGUGCUUUGGUCUCGUCUGCAUCUUCUCACCAACUCCCGGAGGAUCCUUCGCUGGACACUGAUCAUGAUCAUCACCAACGGCAUUCUCCUGCAUUCGAUCACGACCGUGCUCACCUUCGCCUCGAACUCGAACAAUCUCUCCGACGAAGUCCUCCGACGAUUCGUCAAUGGCUAUUCCAUCAUGGAGAAGAUCCAGAUGACCGGCUUCUUUAUCCAGGAACUCAUCCUCUCCGUCAUUUACAUCCGCGAAACGGUCCGGCUGCUCCGCCUUGGUGAAGCCGUGCCAGACGAGGUCAACUCCUUCGAGGAUGGCACGAGUCCGCUGCGCAGCGCCAGCGUGCGCAAGACCAUGUACCAAAUCCUCGCCAUCAACGUGAUCAUCAUCCUGAUGGACGUGGCGCUCCUCGCCACCGAAUACGCCAACCUGUACCUGAUCGAGACGACACUCAAAGGCGUCGUCUACUCCAUCAAACUCAAGCUCGAAUUCGCCGUGCUCGGCAAACUCGUCCAGAUUGUCCGCGUCCGCAACUCGUCCAAGAAUAACAGCCCCUGCAACGCCACCGGCUCCUGCGAUCACCGCUGCACGGGCCUCACCCUCGAGAAGACCACUAGUGCACACACCAGCCGCGGCACCAGCAACGGCUCCUGCACCGGCCGCGCGUCCGUUCCCUCCGCCCUCGUCAGCCCCUCGUACUACCCCGAUUUCGUCGACCCUCGAAACGUCAGCGGCGACGUGACGCAUGCCAGGGCCGAUGUGUUGUGGCGCAAUGGCGGGCAGGUAGGGUGGGAGAACUCGACCGAGGAGGAGCGGGAUCGGUGGCGGAGGAGGGCAGGGUCGGCGAGGCCGAGAGGGAGCUGGAUUGAUGAGGAGAUGGACAAGCAUAACAUUGGAUGAAGAGACGGAUACGAUUAUGGAACCUGAACAUAUUGACUUGGGUGGCGAACCGGUCGGUGCCUAUCGAGGUGGAGGUACGCCACGCUUUUGAGCGUCGCCGUGUCGAACGUUCUGCAUCACGAAGUACAUCGACGAAAGGACUACUCCUCUG